ACCAAACAAAACAGGUCCCCACUUUCUCUCUCGUGUUUUUGUUUUUGUUUUUAUUUUUCGUAAUAGAAGGCCUGCAGCUAUAUUGGAGGCACAAUUCCUCAGUCUGCAACUCUCUUUCUCUUCAUCUCCAUGUUCAUGGCAAUCUCAAGUGUUCCCACAGACCAAACCUUUACCGCUGUCCCUCUCUCUUGACUCAUCUGGGAUCACCGUCACCAUUUAUACUCAGGCCAAAGGCCCAGUUUUUCUCUUCCUGUUGGAUUUUUGGGCUCCCGGAUCAGAUUUCCUGAAGGGUUUCUCUCUGAUCUGUUCGGAGGCACAUAUGUUUGUUUGAGGUUUUUGUGGCUUUGGUCAACUUUGGAGCAUUUCCAGUUUCUGGAGACGAGGAUCGUGCCUCUUUGGAGGCUUGCUAGAUUGGAAAAAAGGGAUCGAUUAGUGACCAUUACAGGAUGUCUUUAUCUGAUUUUAAACCCUUUUAUAAUUUCUAAGGGGUUUUUGUCUUCUUUUGUUUGAUGUAAUUUGGAGGGUAUGCGUGCUUAAUUAGGGUUUCUGACUUUUUCCCCACAUGAAAAAGUACUUGGUUUUUGAGGAUUCUGGUUAGUUUUAUGUAGUACUCAUAUUUUUGUUAAGCUGAGUAGGGUUCUUCCUAGUAGUGGGGAGACUGAGGUUGUUCCCUCUAUGUUAUGGAUUCGGUUGAUUGUCUUUUUGGACUGGUGAAUCCAAUGCGUCUGCACCCUUUGCCAUUGUUUUGAAAACAAGUGCAUAUCUGGUGUUCUGUUAACUCCUGCUGGUAUUCUCUUUAAGAUGGCCGUGAACAAUCGCUGUUUUGUGGAAUGGAAAGAGCAGUUUGUUUCACAGGAGCGUGGUAAUCGUGUGGUUCACUAUUACCUAAAGGAUGCUGCCGGAGAAUCUAUCCUUGCAGUGGUGGGUACUGAGAGGAGUGUUAGGCACAUGUGCUAUGUUGUUGCUGAGGAGUUCCUUGAAAUUUGUGGUAAGGAAGGUUCCAUUCCAACUGGUUUCAAAUGGAGAUCUAGAAGAGAGGUGGUGGAUUGGCUGACAUCAACGCUAUCAAAGCAGAACCUGCAAGGAGAUAGAAGUGUAUCACCUGGUCAUAACAUGGUUCAAGCUCAUGAGACCACAAAUGAUAGUAUCAACGGAAUUACUGGAGCACGAUUAACAGAUGAUAAGGACUUCCCUAUGAGUAACUCCAAAUUAUCCAAUUCAGACAUUGUUUGGUCAGGAGUUGCAUGGAGAUGUGGCAAACAACUUAAGCAUUUUCCUGCUUUUUGGAGGAAUGGCAUCAAAAUAGAGAUUCAAUCCUUUGUUUUUGUUAUGGGCAAGGGAGAGAAUCAUUAUAUUGCUUAUGUAGAGGAUAUGUAUGAAGACAGAAGGGGGCAAAAAAAGGUCAAGGUGAGGUGGUUUCACCAUAAUCAGGAAGUCAAGGGUGUAGUUCCUGUACGAAAUCCUCACCCUCGAGAAGUUUUUAUCACACCUUGUUCUCAAGUUAUUAGUGCAGAGUGCGUAGAUGGUCCUGCCACAGUCUUGACUCGUGAACACUAUGAAAAGUGCAUGUCUUUUUUUACACCCACUUCAAGAGACAGAACACAUUUGUGCUUUAGGCAAUUUAGAAGCAACAAAGUUAAGCCCUUUGACUUGAGUAAACUACGUGGCUACUAUGCCCAACCAAUUCUUUCUUACUUGCACCUUGAUUCAAUCCAGAACCCUGAGAGGCUUGCAGGAGAAAAUGAAGACUUGACUGCAUGUGAUGAUGUGAAGGUAGGAGCCAAGAGGAGCAGAAGUGAUAAGGGGUCUCCUCAGUCUUGGAUAAGUCAACAGGGAGUUAGGAAAUUGAUGAGAAGUAAGCAAAUGAUGGUAUACAAAACCUUCCAGGUUGCAAAUUAUGCAAGGCCAGAAAGGAGAUUGCUUUCUCGGAAGCAGGUUGAUUGUCAACCUUGGUCUAUUCAUACAUACAAGGUUGAUGAUAAGAUUGAGUUGCUUUGUCAAGAUAGUGGCAUCAGAGGCUGCUGGUUCAGGUGUACAGUUGUUCAGGUAGCCCGGAAACAGCUGAAAGUCCAAUAUGAAGAUGUCCAGGAUGAAGAUGGAAAUGGAAAUCUGGAGGAAUGGGUCUCUGCUUUCAAGUGUGCUAGGCCUGAUAAACUUGGGAUGAGGCAUUCUGGCAGGCCCACCAUAAGACCUACUCCAACUCUUGAGGAACGAGAACUGGCUGUUGAGGUUGGACAUGCAGUUGAUGCAUGGUGGAGUGACGGCUGGUGGGAGGGGGUUGUAACUAGAAUUGAUCACUGUGGAGAUGAUAGUGUUCAAGUAUACUUUCCUGGGGAAUGCCUGUUGAUGGAAGUUUGCAAGAAGGAUUUAAGAAUAUCUAGAGAUUGGUUAGGGGACAGUUGGAUUGACAUUAAGGCAAAACCUGAAAUAACUACAACUUUAUUCUUCACAGCUAAUAAUAAUAGCUUUAACACAAAGCUUUCCGUGUCCCCAUCAAUGGACAAAGUUGGGGACACUGUUGGUUUUGGUAAUUCAUGUCAUGAUCCUUUAAGUAAGAAGUGUGAUGAACUGGCUAUUGAGGACCAGAAGCAUGUGUCUUGUGAGGGCUUCACUGAAGAUGGGGUCUGUGUCCUGGAUAAUAAACCCUCUUCUUCAGAAAAAAAUACUGAAGCUGAUAAUAUUGAGAUACAUGGUUGUUGUGAUGAAGAUAACACUGAUGAGCAUGACAGAGUUAACAAUGAUGAUGAUAGUAUCAAGAAUGGAGAUAAUAAUGGUAAUAAUAAAGAUAUCAAGGUGUUUGAAACUUCUGGAUCGGACUGUGAACCUGUAGAGCUCAUGGAAGUGGCUGUAUAAACAAUUUUUUAGAAGUCAUGCAUAAAGGUAUGGUAGUGCUGAUUAUAGAGCUAUGCCAUAAUCUCUCAUUGUGUUGUAAUCUGUGUCCAAAGUUAGUGUGAGAAUGUAAAUAGUAGUUACACGGUCAUGUGGGAACCCGAUUGAUUGUUAACUUCGUAGUUGCCUUCAUAGUGUACAGUGUUGAGUGUCAUGUGCAAGUGUGUUGUUAUCUUUCUUUCCAUUGAUUGUAUUUGAAAGUAGAUUUCUUUCACACGAGACAACUAUUGAGUAAUUUCAAUUGCUAUCCAAUUAGUUUCAUUGA